GGUUCGGUUACGCCUCUUAUCCAUUCGCAAAGUGUAGGGCAGUGAAGUUAGAUCGUUGAUUAACAAGAACGGGACAGAUCCGCCAUGUGUCGCAGCCGAUUGUUGAUUAUUUUGGCCGGUUUAUUGCUGCUGCUGACGGUCGUAAAGCGAUGCGGGGCCAUCGUCGGUGGAACACGUUCGGCGCCACCACCGCUCGAUGAUCCGGUAGUAUUCGUACGCUAUGUUGGGCAAUCCUCCCGGGUGGAAGGUACGCGGAGUCGGCAAACGGGUUUAUAUUCCUUUCGUGGCAUCCGUUAUGCGGAGGCCCCCACUGGAGAGUACCGUUUCCAGAGGCCGACCUUCAAAAGAAUGAGUGGCGACGUGAACGCUAUCAAUAAUGGUCCACCCUGUCCUCAGCCUGAACCUAACAACCCUUACAAAGUAAUUGGAAACGAAGACUGUCUGCUGUUAAACAUAUUUACGCCUCAGAUGCCCGACGAAACAACUGGCCUACCGGUUGUUGUGUGGAUUCACGGCGGGGGUUAUCGCUAUGGCUCAGCAGCGCAAUACGGCGGAGAACCAUUAACUCAAAAUGCAGUCAUAUUUGUACCAAUUCAAUACCGUUUAGGAUCAUUCGGUGUGAUAGGCGAUGGUAGUCGAGAUUUUUCUGGGAAUCUUGCUCUUUUAGAUAUGGCAUCAGCGGUGCGCUGGGUGAAAGAUUACAUAUCUUGGUUCGGAGGAGAUCCCAAUCAGAUAAAAGUAAUUGGGCACGGAUCAGGAGCUACCGCUGCCAUGAUUCUAACAUCUUCCACAAUGGCUCGCAGUUCAAUAUCUGGAGUGGGUGCUAUGUCUGGAUCUUAUUUGCAACCAGACUCAUAUGACAGUGAUCCGGUUACGUCACUAAAUGAAAUAGUGACAAAGCAUGACUGUUCAGCAGGCAACGAGACAGAGGUUGUAAAGUGUAUGAGAGGCAAAACAGUUGAGGAAAUAAUAAAAGUUGACAGUGAUUUACAAGUGAGUAGAUUGAGUGGCCAAAGGGCAGUUCAUGCACUGACGGGAAAUGUUGGUGUUAGCCCAGCUGUUGAACAGAAAGAUGACAGCCGUGGAUUACCGGGUGUAAUAACUGAAAAACCUGAAGAAUCUUUAAAGCGCGGAGAUUUUCCAAAAAUUCCUUUGCUUAUCGGAGUAACUAAAGACGAAACAGCAAACUACAUUGAUUUGAAAGCAAUCGAAUCAGUUUUCUCUUCUACAACGAACUUUCUGCAAAGGACUAGUCAAAUCGUUGGACUUAAUGAUUUUCUCAAUCCAAACAAAUCGGUUGCUCUACUGGAUUCGUUAGGCACAGUUUUAGGUUUAUCACGCUAUCUGGAAAUCCCGAGCACAUGGGAUGUAACACAAGUAUUUGGAAAACUUGUGGAAGCAACCACUGACGCGGUGUUCAAUCUUCCUGCGGUAAUAACUGCUCAAGCAUGGAAUAAAAUGUCGAAAGCGUUUUUCUACAGUUUCGAGCAUCGAUCGGAUAACACCAGAGGGAGCGACUUCCUCAAAGGACUUCCACUAGUGGCAAAAUCAAAUAACGGUAAGCAAAGCACUCGCAUCGCUCAUGGAGACGAGCUUGGACUUCUUUUCGAUACACAUGAUGUUCACGGCAACCCUAUUGAAAAGGCUGCCGUGAAAUCCAAACGUGAUAUCAAUGCGAGACAAGCCUUUGCCACGUUUAUUGCCAAAUUUGCCCAUUUGAAUAUCAGCAACACGAGGGAUGACAGUCUAUUUCAACCCUUCAUUAGCAAGGGAACUCCAUACAUCAGGCUAGGUGAGCAAAUGACUCUCGAGAACAAUUUCAGGUAUUGCCAACUUUCCAUCUGGGGAGCUAAACUGGAAGCACUAAAUUCGAUUCCGUGUAAGUCUCUGGCCGAUGGACUUGGAAACUUUGGAAAAGUUGUAGGCACACUCACCGGAAUACUCGGACGACGUCCUGCUUGAUCGAGUUCGGAAUAGUUUGAUAUUGUACUUUACGUUUGCAUUAUGAAGAGACAUUGGUAUAGCCACGAUAAAAUAUACGGAAAUAUAUUCAAU